AUGGCUGUCCGGCUUAGGAACAAGGAGAGAAAAACAGCCCCGACAGAUGAAGGGAGACGAAGAACUGUACAUGAGCUGAUGUCUCUUUUUGGCAAGAACAAAAAAUCAUCUCCUGAAACAAGCGAAUCUGAAGAACCAUCAAAGGAAGCCCGCCAAUCGCCCCGGCCGAUUUCUCAAUUGAAUUCAGGAAGCCCGAAGCCUACUGAACGACUUCCGCCCUCUCCGAAACCAAGAACAAUUUUCUUCGAUGCAAACUGGCGUCAAAUUCCAACGCCCCGACGCUCAACAGAUUCCGUUUAA